CGGGAGCCACAGCGUGCGAGUGAGAGAGCGCGUGUGUGUGUGGUAGUGAGGGAGAGGGGGGAGAGAAGUAGCAGACUGACAUCGCUACGACUGCUGCUGCUACUACUACUGCUGCUGUGAUCGCAUCACACGCGCACACACACACACACACACACACGCACAUACACACGCACACCAGGCUGGUGUGCUUGUGCCAUGCGCUGCUGACUGGAGCUCUCUGUGCACAGUGUGUGUGUGUGUGGUAGAAGUGCUCAGGGCAGACUGAUGAGAGACGGUGUGUGUUCCUGGAGGGUGACCCCCCGACUGAUUCUGGGGAGAGAGAGAGCUCCUGCGAACCCGUGACGGCGAGGAUGGGCUGCAAUCUGUGCUCGCUGCAGAAGAGAGAGGAGCAUUACAAACUGCUUUAUGAAAUUUCACAGGUAAAUGGGAAGGACUUAUCGAGAGCCAGCCAUGAGGAGGCAGUGCAGGCCUUCCGCACUGCCAAAGACCCCAUUGUGGUCCAGGUGCUCCGGCGGCAACCGCUGCCUCUGGGUCAAGGGUCAUCUCAGGAUGUCCAGCUGGUGGAUGUAUGCACGCAGACAGACAUCACCUUCGAGCACAUCAUGGCUCUCGCGAAACUCCAGCCUAGCAGCCCACCUGUGCCAGACAUUUGCCCUUUCCUGCUCUCAGACAGCUGUCACUCCCUUCACACCAUGGGCCAGGAGUACUACGAAGGGAGUGAGUACCUCUCCAACAUGCCAGCUGAGGCUGAGAGGACUGAUGAGUUAGAGUAUGAGGAGGUGGAGCUAUGCCGCCUGAACAGUCAGGAGAAGCUCGGCCUGACUCUCUGCUACAGGACAGAUGAUGAGGAGGACGUUGCCAUAUAUGUGUCAGAGAUUGGACCUAAUAGCAUCGCAGCCCGAGAUGGUCGUAUCCGGGAAGGGGACCGUAUCUUGCAGAUAAAUGGUCAGGAUGUGCAGAACAGAGAGGAAGCAGUGGCUCUGCUGUCCUGUGAGGACACUAGAAACAUUGUACUGCUUGUAGCAAGACCAGAGAUGCAGUUGGAGGAGGCCUGGUUGGAUGAUGAGCACACUGAGUUUUUAGAAGAACUCAAAAUGGAAAUGCUGGAAGAACAAAGACGAGAGGAGGAAGAGAUGGAAAGAGCAGCCAGAGAAGAUGAAGAGCAGGUCAGGAAAGCAGAGCAGGAGGAUGUGCUGGGCAGCAGUGCUUGCUGCUCCUCCAGCCAGGAGAGGAGUUGUGCUGCCGGAUCCAUGCACCAUGGGGCUGAUAGCUCUGAGCAGAGUGUUCUGGCCCAGCUCCAGAAGAGACUGUCCCGGUGUCUGAGGCAGCGACGGGAGAGCCAAGACUCACCAAGGGAAGAGGAUGUACGUUCUGAAGGCGAGUGCUACCAGCAGCUGCUGCAGUUAAAGUGCCAAAUCCGUAACAGUGGUGAAUAUGACCUGUUCUAUAGCCGCAGCAGCACCAUCGAGUGCAGCCUGACUGAACAGGGCGGGAGCAGCGGCAUGGAGCGCGAGCUGCGUCUCCUCAAUGAGGAACUGCGUAGCAUUGAGCUGGAGUGCCAGAGCAUCAUGCAGGCACAGCAGCUCAGAAAAAGGGAACUGCAGCAGGAUGGGUCUGCUAAAGAGCAAGGGAAGCAGAGUCUUCACCGAGGCAAGCUGGCCCACAUCAGUGAACGUCCAGAGAAGUCGGACAAGGACAGCUCGAGUGCUUAUAACACGGCAGAGAGCUCACGCAGCACACCACUACUCAUGGACCGUUCACCAGAACAUUCUGUGCAGAGACUAGUUAGCCUGACCAAUCAGAAAAACCUGAGAAGCACUAUGCUGGUGGGACGCGGCUCCGCCCCCUGUCCUCCUGUAAGAAGGGCUCCGAGUGGUAGCCCUGACCACAGCAACCCCUCUGAAUCGGAGCAGACACCCCCAGCAGAGGAAGAGAGCUUAUCAAGGAAAGAGAGAACGUUAAGAUCACGCAUCCCCUACCUCUCCCCCCGGCACCAGCAAGCAGACAUCCCUGCCCACGCCACACACUACCAGAGCUACAUGCAGCUGAUUCAGCAGAGCUCAGCUGUAGAAUACGCACAAUGUCAGCUCAGUCUUCCUGUGCAGCCCUCUGAGCCAAAACUGGAGUGGAAGGUAAAGGUGCGCAGCGAUGGCACACGCUACAUCACCAAGCGCCCAGUACGGGACCGGCUGCUGCGUGAGCGAGCACUCAAGAUCAAAGAGGAACGCAGUGGUGGUAUGACCACGGACGAUGACACAAUGAGUGAGAUGAAGAUGGGCCGCUACUGGAGCAAGGAAGAGCGCAAGCAGCAGUUGCUGAGGGCCAAGGAGCAGCGGCGACGGCGUGAGUUCAUGCAGCGCUGCCGGCUUGAGAGUCUGAAGGAGUGCCCACAGAGCAGCGGCGAGGGCCGCAAAGAGCUCAGCAUCAUCGAACUUAGCCAACGCAAGAUGAUGAAGAAGCGCAACAAGAAGAUCUUGGACAACUGGAUGACCAUUCAGGAGCUGAUGACGCAUGGAGCGAAAGCACCCGAAGGGGCCAAAGUUCACAAUGCCUUCCUUUCAGUUACAACUGUAUAGAGAGCCACUCGGACUCAAACUCUACCCCAUGUGGUAUGAUCUACUUUUGCCUCGUUCAAUGUGGCGAUUUUUAUGAGAGGAACAAAAAAAGUAUUUUUCUCACUUUGUUAUGAAUGAACAUUUUGUAAACAGUCUAUUGACAGGUUCAUCACAUUUGUAAUGGGAUUUUUUUUUUUCACAGAUUUUGAGGGUUUUCAUGACACCUGCAGUGAGAAACUCUUUGGUGCAAAAAUUCCAAAGUGCUAAUUUGUGUUUAAAGCUGCUCUUUUUUAGUAUUUGCUGCAUCCUCAUCUCUGUUAUGUACUCAUAUUCAGAUUUCUGUUAAUUGGAAAAUAAACUGCCAUGUAAUUAAGGUAUCAGCUUUUCAUUUUUGUUUCCUUGCUGGUUUCAUUUUUUUCAGCUGGAACUUGAAUGGUAAUUCAAUGUAAUAUCUCAGACCUAAACACAAGUGCAACAUUUCUCUGGAGUCUUAUACUGUAAGAGUCUGACCAAACCAGCCACCAGCAACAGGCCAAUACCAGCAGACACAUGGUAGCUACUCUGGACAAACAUUGUUUCGAACAAUUAUUUCUCUAAAGAUUUCACACAAUCGAUGCUACAGCUUUACAUCAUUGAUUGACUUUCCAGUCCAGUGCGUUCCCUGAACUGUUUCCCCAAGGGCUUAAUAAUUAGUUAAUCAGGUGAAUCCCAGGUGUUACAAACAAAGCACUGUGCAAAGGCCCAAGAAAUAAGAAUAAGAACCAGGAAAUGAAUGAGUCAAAAGUUAAAAAUUAUUCAAGUUAAAGUAUGAUGUUGAUGUUUAUGAUGGUUUAUACUGACACAGAUGUUAUUUAUAACAGAAAUUGACAGUUCUCAGAUUGUAAGGUGUGAAAAUACAUACAUAACCAAACAAAAAAUGAAGGCUGGUGUGAUAUAAAGCAUCUGUACAAGUGCAUAGGAAUGUUUGGCAAAAUGCUAUGAUUGUGUUUCUUCCAACACAGUGGCCUUUAUGCGUGAGGAAACACAGAGCAGGAUCAGUAAUGUAGCAUAGUUUCUCAGAAACUUAACUACAGGCAUUCAAAAACUAUGGACUCAUUUCUUUAUUACAAAUCCAUCAUUAAAAUGCCUUUUUUUAAAGAAACUAUGUAAAUGUAGAAAUGUAAAUUUCUGUAAUUGUAUUGACUUAAUGUUAAUUGUCUUAUUUCAAGUAAUAUGUAGUAGGCUCUCCUGGCCAGGUGAAUGUGUGGUCAUUGUGAUACUUUGAAAUAAAUUGUUGGGUUUUUUUUCUAAUAAAAACAAUCUCUAUGCGCCCUCUUUUGUU